AAACACAGAAGUGCACGGACAGCCCCUUCCAUGUGGGCAGAACAGCUGGUGCUGCUGCUCAGGCACUACAGGGUAUCUGCUCGUGGGUUUUUAAUCACAGCUCCUUCACUAAGACAUGCUCUGCUAAGCACUUUCUUUUAUCACUGCUGAAUAACAAAAAGAUACAUUGAUCAUAUAGCAAAAUAAUAUUUAUGUGCAAUCUCAGUAAACAAGGUAGAAAUGCCAGUAGGUUUGGCUAAACAAUUUUAAAAAAUCAAAUCCUGUUUGGCAGCAAAUCAUCCAAGCAGUAUUUGUCAACUGUAAGUUAUUACUCAAAAGGAAGAGCAUAUAAACUGCAUAUUUGUUUUACUCAGUAGCAACCAUGGUGCCAGAUACGUUUAUAUCAUUAAGGAUUUUGGACAACAACAGUUUGUGUACAAGUAGCUACUUAGUAGUAGCUGAUUCAGAAUGGGCCAGUCUUGCCUUAAAUUGUAACAAAUCUAUAAAUUUACUGUUCAAAAGUUUGUAUUUUAACAGGACACUAAAACUGUAUACAUUCAUAAUGUCAAGAAAAGGUGUCUGUAAGUUUUUCCAUAAUCUCUAAAUAAUUGUUAUUCAUAUUCCUGCUUGUAGUCAGAAUAAUGAAUACAGUUCUCCACUGUCUUGAUUAACUCUAACACCUCUAAUCUAAUGCACCUGGUAUCUCUGUACAAGGAAAAUAUUUCUCUGUGGUUUUCACCAUGGAAACAUGUUCUGAUUGUCAGUGAUCAGUCUGGUGGGGCAGGAAAGAUGCCAAUAGGUAAGCCUGUCUAAUGCACACACAACAGGUGCCUUGGAAGCACAUCCCUGUCACAAAUCCUAAAGCAGCUUUCCCUGAACAUAGCAAGGAGGAAAUCUUUUCUCUCAGCCAUAUCUCUAGCCAGCCAAAAAAAUGAACAUAACAAGCAGGAAUAUCUUUUCUCAUACAAAUUUUUAAUAAUGUUAGGAUACUGAUUAACAGCAAUGCACACAGCACAGACUAUUUCAAACUUCAUAGUGCAAAGUACACACCUUUUAUUACAUUCUGGAACUGAUCCCAAGUUCUUCCUUAAGUUAUUUUCUCUCUAUAAAGCAGCCCUGGGAGUGUUCCCACGGGCUGCUGCCAAACACUGCAAGACCGUAGAAAUGUCUGGUGUGUGUCUUUUCCUACACUGCACUUCCCUUUGCAGUAAUUGCAGAGCAGAGAGAUUAUUAGCUACUGCACAUCCCCAGGAAAUCCCACUUACAUAGGAGCCCCUCCUGUAAUCAAAAAAGCAGUAAUUAGAUCAGCUGUGAAGUAGCCUAUAGUUCUCUGAUCAAGGCAAAGGCAGCACUUUCACACUGCCCACAGUAGCACAUGGACUUGAGUUUGUUAUAAAACAUUUGCACAAAUCCUGCAAAUACACCUCGAUGCAAUGGCUGAAGAACUGAGGGGUUCAAGCUAAUUACUUCUUUUCUUUCACAUUAACAAUAAAUGAGGUUAUAACAUCAAUUUGCAGCAUCUCAGUAGAUACAUGAUACUUGACAAUCAUUAUUCUACAACCACUUACUAGACAAACAUAGAGGAUCCUUCUGACUUUAAAAGUCUUCUUGGUAGGGUUCUAAAUAUAAGUUCUAGAUUUGCCAUUUGCCAUGUAUUAGCUGCUCUGUAAAUCCUUACAAGGGAGGCUCUUACGGCAUGGAAGGAUGGAUACACUUUGAGCAGACACUCUUAGCCCAAAGUCUCUCAGCAUUUUGAAGUGAAACUCUGUUUCUCAGAAUAAAUAUGUAAGAGGUAGAAAUAUCAAUUACAAAUUACAUUUAGGGAUGCAAACACGGCUGUUUGAAAAUGCUCAGUGGUAGUGUAAAUUACAGAACAUCCACAAGAGGGAAGCUCAUGCAUUCCUUCAGAGUAAAACAGACAAUUUGAAGGAUGAGAGAAACAUACACCUGAUAUUUAAGGCAAAGCAAAUUCUAUUUAAAUACUUUCACAGCAGUAGCAUGGACUUUUUGGAAGCUUGGAAAAAUGGCCACAAGAUUGUAGCUACACUUAGCUCACUUAUUAUGACAUUAAAAUUUACUUAUCAGCAUACCUUAUUGUUAUCUACAAUUUCUAGCAGUUUGUGUAUCUUACUGCUCCACAGGACUUUUUGCAAUUAUCCCAGCUUUCAGUCAAGCAGAGUUUCUAGUAAUCAGUGUAGCUUUCUUUACUAUCUAGAAUCUUUGGUUAUGUAGGCUUUAGUCACCUGAGCUCUCUGCAAUUCAGGUCAAAGUCUUGAUAAUCAGUGUGUGACACAACAAUUAUGAUCUAGAUUGACUUUACUUAAAAAACCUGCCAGUCCCUGCAGCACUGGCUGACAAGAGGCUACUGGACAUCUCUCCUUGAUUGUCUUUUUCCAAUAAAAAUCUGCAACUUUGUUCAAUCUAGAUAUGCCACUGGCAAUAAACUAAAAAUAGUCAAUGAACAUACUUCUGGAGAAAUAAUGUGUGUAAAGGUGAUUUCAUUGGAAGAAGAUAUACUGCCCAGCACUUCCUCCCAUUAGUUAAUUUUCACAAGUGGUUUUCAGAAAUUCCUUUCAGAGUACAAACAACUUGUUUCAUUUUUUCCCCUACCCAAUAUUUAUUAAAUGCAAUUGAAAAUGAAAGGAACUGGAAUCAUGGAUCAGAUUAAAUCCCAAUUAAAAUCUGUAUUACACAAAUAGUAUUUUGAAGAUAUUAUACUUGACUUCAGUGGGGUUAUUCUGGAUUUGCUUUUGAUCUCAUUAUACUCUUACAAGAGCAAAACCAGCUAAGCUGCUUUGGGGGUGCUGAUGUUACAAUCCUUUUUCCAUGGUAAAAAAUACUUUUUGGCUUAACACUAUGCGCUACAUUUGCCAGGUUUGUAAAAUUAGGGAAAUGAUCUGUAUCACAUUCUUGAAUUUAAGAAAGCUAUAAAUAACUCCUUUGUUACUGUGAACUUUUUUUAAUGGUAAAUACCCUUCCAGUUCCACUUCUUGAAUAUUUCAGUUGGCUCUGCUGUUCUAGUUCCUCCUUUGACAUUUGAGAAAUGAACUUCAAAAGAUGUUUUGAAAUCAGCAUAACAAAAUAGCUUCAUGGUCUUUGGCCAGCCUCUGAAGAACUUAUGAUUCAUUUAGGAUUUGAGUACUACACUGACUACCAAGUUUCCUAGGAAAAAUCAUAAAAGUCAUAGCCCAUUGCUGGCACAGCAGGAAAAUAAUGUAGUCAUAUCUUUUCUCUCUGACGUGGAGCAUUUCCUUCUACAAUUCUACAUCCAGACUGAAUACUCUGGUGGUUAUUGUUUGGUAAAGAACUGCAAUUUCCCAGAGAAUUAGAAAUACAGCUCCUAUCCACUUUGUUGUACCAGUACAAUACAAACAGUUGAUUUCCUUUAUGCCAGGGUAUUUCUAAAAUAUGAUUUACUGUUUUGUGCUGAAUUAAAAAAAAAGUUGACAUGAAGGUAGUAAGCACAAUUUUUUGUGCUUUAAAAUUAAUGUCAAACAUAUGAUGCACAUUUGUCAUUUACCUGACACCCCUCUUUGCUUUUUAUUUUUAUAAAAUAAAGUGCUGAGUUGUUCAUAGGAGCAAGAAUAGAAUAGCAUAAAAGGGGGUUUUUUCUCCUCACAGCCAUUAAUUGGAUCAGUAACAUCAAAACAGUAGCACAUUUCUUUAAAUAGGGACACUUUAGAAAGACCACCAACAUGCUAUAAAAUUUGCUGAAGCACAAUGGAUGUAUAAUUAACAGCAAAGUCAGGUCCUGCGCUGUAUUUUUACUUUUGCUUUGUAUGCAAAAACACCCAUCCUCCUAAACAACAGGAACUGCUAUAUGUGGUCAGAUGUCUGUGAGAGGGAGCAUGAGGCUGUGAGCUCACAGUCUGCAUUAGCCUUCAGAACAUCAGAGGAGAACUUUCAAGUAGUUCACCAACACCUGCAGAAUAAAAGCGGAGCACAAAGCAACCAAGAACGGAAGAAUUUCCAGAAUGAGUCAAGCUGAGGAAAGCAGUGGCCACUCGACAUGGAAUAUUGUGAGGUCAGUAGUCUGCAUAAUACUGGGCUUGUCAUUUCUAAUUGGCACCCCUGGGAACUGCAUCGUCAUCUGGACUGUUUGUACAAAAAUGAAGAAAGUAUCUCUCUCAGUCCUGCUGAUCUUGAACCUGGCCAUUGCUGAUGUCCUUGUACUGAUCACUUUACCAAUCUGGAUUUACUCUUUUGCUGACUCAUGGGUUUUUGGAGUCAUCUUCUGCAAAGUGCUGGUUUUCAUUAUUUACUGCAGCAUGUAUGCCAGUAUAUUUCUGAUUACAGCACUCAGCUUGGAGCGGCUACUGGCUGUGUUUUACCCUUUCACAAUUCAAACAUACAGAAGAAAAGACAAAAUUUCUUUGAUUGUGUUCCUCAUUUGGUUCCUGUCUAUUGCCUUUGGCAUUUCUGUCAUUCCAUUUCAAGAGACAGAAGAAACAGACGGUCGACUUCUAUGCACGUGUCGCAACUACUCUUCUAAUAGACAGAAAGUGUCCUAUCUUCUGCUGGAGACCCUUGCAGGUUUUGUAAUCCCUUUCUUAAUUAUUUGCACUUGUUAUGUGUGUGUUGCAAGAAGAAUAAGCAGAAUGACUUACCAAUCCAAGCAGCGAUCAGAACGUCUCAUUGCCAGCGUCGUGGUGGCUUUCAUUCUGUGCUGGUUCCCUCACCACAUCUUUAACAUCCUGGAUAUCAUUUCUAUUGAAAUAGAACUCUCCAAUGAGGAGAUGUCUUUGGCACUGGAAGAAAUUGUAGACAAAGGAGUGUACAUCUCUGGAGCACUUGUAUUCAUCAGUAGCUGUAUUAACCCUCUGCUUUAUGCUUUUGCUGCACGAAGGUUUCAGAACCACCUGAAGUUUGCCAAGAUGUCAAAGCUGUUUGAGCAGAUCAGUCAGACCGUAACAGAGGAAGAGAAGAAAAGAAGUCUGGUUGUAGCCAAACAUGAAGAUCCUUUGGCAGGCACAGAAAACCUCUAACAAGGAACUCAGUGAAUAAUCUGUGUCAUUUCUUCAGCAGUCCUUUUUCCUCAUUCUCUCAGUUUUAUUUACUGAGCAGUCCAGGGAAAGCUGUAGAGAAAUAAAAGCUCUUUGGGUUUUUUCAUGUGUGUUUUAUAAGAAUGGGCAUUAACAAUCUUGUUCAGUUCAUAAAUUAAUAUUCACAUCAUUAAAUGAGUACUAUUUCAUUGUUGCUGAGAACCUCGGCGAGGUGGCUAAAAGCUAAAAUUGUGAGGAAUAUAGGGUUGUUACUUUCCAUUAAAAUUAUUUCUGAUUUCUAGAAAGUCUGUGCGCAGAAAACAGAAAAGAACUGCGUGUGGAAAGGAGAGACUUCGAAAGCUUAAAACUAAUGAAACUAAGAUUUUUUUCAGAAAAAAAAUAUUACAUGUUCAAAAAUCCUUAUACAAUCUAAAGUUUUAAGAAGUUAAAUUCUAUAUAUGUCUAAAAAUGGUUUUAAAGUGUACUAAUGACACAAAACUCUUCUGGGUUGAUGGAAAAUCCAAAGCUAUUUUUUAUUCAUUACUAUAUUUAGGUUUGAAAUUAAUAAGUGUUGUUCACACAGUCAAGAUCAUUUACUGCAUUAUCUUGGGGUAGUAGGUUUGUACAAGUCAAACAUGGAGUAUGAGAACUGUGUUAUAUGGCAAACAUCACUGCAGACUGCAUGCUGUAUCUGAUGGCAAACACAUUGCAUGCUUCUGUGGCAAUUUUAUGUAUUAUAUAUAUGUACUUUGAGUAUCCUCAAAAAUUUUGAUUCAAAGAAGUUAAGCUUCCAAGAUGUCUAUUAAGUUGUGGAAGAAUUGGAUCAGGCUCAGGUGAGGAGGAAGGAGACAUCCUUCCUGUUAUUUUUAUGUGUAAGGAAAUUAUGGUAGUAGUACAUUAUGGUAGUAGUGUCUCAUAUCAGAAGGAGUUCACCUUGCAGAUAAAAGAGUUAUAUUUUUCUUUUUUUUAUAGAAUAAUGGAUUUUGCCAUAGGAAACCAAUAAAAUUAGUGUUUGCAAGGGCUUUAGUUUUGUGAAUGUGGGUAAACUCACUGUGAAAAAUUACAUGGCAUCAAGUGUUUGCUUUUGAAGUUUUAUUUAUUUCAAUUGUGCCUAACAUUUUUUACAACUGCUUUGUAAAGUUUUAAGUCAAUCAUUUGUAAUAAGAUCAAGAUUACUGAUUAUGAAGCAUAUUGUAAUUUCAUAUUCCCUGUUCUAGACAGCUGCUAAAUAGCUACAUUACUCAUCUUUACAAAGAAAUUGCAAAUACUAACCAGCCAUUAAUUUUUGAAAUUUUGAAUAAUUUUGAAUUUUGAAGUGAAGGAUAUUUGAAUUGUAUUAAUUUAGCUUGUAAAUGGAAAUAAACAUGGAGAAGUAAAA